AUGAGCUUCUUCGGCUUCGGGCAGAGCGUGGAGGUGGAGAUCGUGCUCCACGAUGCGGAGAGUCGGAAGCGGGCCGAGCACAAGACGGAGGACGGGAAGAAGGAGAAGUAUUUCCUCUUCUACGACGGCGAGACGGUCUCCGGGAAGGUGAGCCUCGCGCUCAAGCACCCUAACAAGCGGCUGGAACACCAGGGCAUCAAGAUCGAGUUCAUCGGGCAAAUCGAACUCUACUAUGACCGCGGGAACCACCACGAGUUUGUGUCACUGGUGAAGGACUUGGCCCGGCCGGGAGAAAUUACCCAGUCACAGGCCUUCGACUUUGAAUUCACCCACGUGGAGAAGCCGUAUGAGUCCUACACAGGGCAGAACGUGAAGCUGCGGUAUUUCCUCCGGGCCACCAUCAGCCGCCGCCUCAAUGAUGUUGUCAAAGAGAUGGACAUUGUCGUUCACACGCUCAGCACGUACCCGGAGCUGAACUCCUCCAUCAAGAUGGAGGUUGGAAUCGAGGACUGUCUGCACAUUGAGUUUGAGUACAACAAGUCCAAAUACCACUUGAAAGAUGUCAUUGUAGGGAAGAUAUACUUCCUGCUGGUGAGAAUCAAAAUCAAGCACAUGGAGAUAGACAUCAUCAAGCGGGAAACAACGGGCACAGGCCCCAACGUGUACCAUGAGAACGACACGAUAGCCAAGUAUGAGAUCAUGGAUGGAGCACCAGUAAGAGGAGAGUCUAUCCCGAUCCGGCUCUUCCUGGCGGGCUACGAGCUCACCCCCACCAUGCGGGACAUCAACAAGAAGUUCUCUGUGCGCUACUAUCUCAACCUGGUGCUGAUCGACGAGGAGGAGCGGCGGUACUUCAAACAGCAGGAAGUGGUGUUGUGGCGGAAGGGUGACAUCAUACGGAAGAGCAUGUCCCACCAAGCAGCCAUCGCCUCACAGCGCUUCGAGGGCACGACCUCCCUGGGUGAAGUGCGGACCCCCAGCCAGCUGUCUGACAACAACUGCCGGCAGUAG